CACGGUUUCACCGGUAGCCCUGAUUCACGCUCUGUUCGUUACUCCCGCCGUGAUCAUCCCUAGAAUAGCUCUGCCUCUGGAAUGGAGGAAGCUGACAAGAAGCCCAGAGUUCGCCUCUGCUGCGCCUGUAACCAGAGAAGGGCGGCUCUCAAACGACCUAAAACCCUAGACCAGAUAUGCAGGGAAUGUUUCUACGAGGCAUUUGAGGAAGAAAUUCAUCAGACAAUUGUUGAAAACCAACUAUUUAAACCUGGUGAACGCAUUGGUAUUGGUGCCUCCGGCGGAAAAGAUUCGACGGUUCUUGCGUAUGUCUUAUCGGAACUGAAUCGGCGGCAUAAUUAUGGUCUUGAUCUUUUCCUGUUGUCUGUUGACGAGGGGAUUACAGGAUACAGAGAUGAUUCACUUGAAACUGUUAAAAGAAAUGAAAUUCAGUAUGGGCUACCACUAAAAAUUGUAUCAUACAAGGAGUUGUAUGGAUGGACAAUGGAUGAAAUAGUGAAGAUGAUUGGUUUGAAGAAUAAUUGCACAUUUUGUGGUGUUUUUCGACGUCAGGCUCUUGAUCGUGGUGCUGCACUGCUUAAAGUAGACAAGCUUGUUACUGGGCAUAAUGCAGAUGAUAUUGCUGAAACAGUUCUCUUGAACAUAUUACGAGAUUGAGUAGAUGCACUUUGAUUACUACUGGUGAAGAUGGACCAAUUCCAAGAUGCAAACCUUUUAAGUACACGUAUGAGAAGGAAAUUGUGAUAUAUCCUUGAAAUUCCCACUAUUCUAAAAGUUUGAAUGCUAAUUCAUUGAUCCAACUCAUCUCAUCCAUUAUUAUUAGUUGCGAAAACCUUAACCAGAUAUCCACGUAUGCUUAUUUCAAGAAGCUGGACUACUUCUCCACUGAAUGUAUAUAUUCUCCAAACGCAUAUCGUGGUUUUGCUCGUGAAUUCAUUAAAGAUUUGGAGAGAAUCAGACCAAGGGCUAUACUUGAUAUAAUCAAAUCAGGGGAAGAUUUCAGAAUAUCCACUUCUACAAAAAUGCCAGAACAGGGAACCUGUGAAAGAUGCGGUUACAUUUCUAGCCAGAAAUGGUGUAAAGCUUGUGUCUUGCUGGAGGGACUGAAUCGGGGUCUGCCCAAGCUGGGGAUUGGACGUAGUCGAACCCUGAACAAUGAUCUCAAGCAGGAUGUAAAACAGAAUAGCCAAACGAAAAGUAUUGAGAGCAAACAGUGUGGAAGUCUUGACUUCUGAUAUGGAAUGCAGGCAUUAACAUCACUUUCAGACCACAAUUUUGAUGUGUUUUAGGGAUUUAUUUCAAGCUUUCAGCCAUUCCGCUCUCCUUCCUCAUGUAGUAGAGCAGUCAAUUCCUUGUUUGUUCAGUAUCUAGAGAUUUAUUACAUUAUUAUUAUUCAGAAAAAUAGUGAAGUUGUGCCUGUGACGAUGCAAUAUUUUCUGUUUCCGUCUGUAAUAUCCAAAUUCAAUUCUGAUAAAAGCAAUAUUUAUCU